UUCUGAAUGUGAAUGACUCACAAUGUGUGUCAUAUACCCGUAUAAAAGAGCCUCGUUUCACUUCUCUACAUGUUAGAAGAGUGAUAACACUUGUACACUGUAUUUUCAUCCAGGGGUUAUAGGAUUACAAUGAAACUGUUUCCCGACACCACCCUUCCCCUGAUCUUCUUCAUGUCUUUGGUGGAGUUCUUUGGCUACACUACGUCCCGUCCUACUUCGACCUCACAAGGAAGAGAAGGUCUGAAGAAACUACAGCAUGAUAUGCGCCGGCUGUCGAAAUUGUUAACUCAUGGAGUCAACAUGUCAGACAUGAUGCGAGACUUUGACCGUGACCUCACCUCACUGCCCACGCUGAGCUACAGAGCAAAAGACCUGAAAUCACUUGAGGUGAGCAGCACUUUAUCAGAUCUGUACUCUGGUUUUAAAUCCUUUUUAUUUCAUCUGGACUGGCUGCAACAUGAACAGGAACAACAAGACACUGAUUUUUCAAAGACGAAAAUGAUUAGUCAUUAUAUGAAGAAUAUCAGCCUCAAGGUGCUCAGAGAGAUUGGAACCGCACCUUCUGAGCCUAUCUACCCUACCCUGCCUCCUCUCAAUUCAUACUGGAAUAUGUACCAGGCCACUAUGGAAAUCAAUAAGAAUCUUUAUUUAUUUUGUGACUGGUACACUAGAGCUCUCGGAGUUCUGAACCAUAGACAAUAAUGGCUCCCUUCACGUCACUGGUAGCCGUCCUCUCAUCCUCAUGGUGUGAGUAAAGGAAUGAUGCAAACAGGGACAGUGGCCUUAAAGAUCCCAGGCAUGGAAUUUUCCAGGCACCCCUAAUUUGUCUGCUCUGAACCAUUCCUAUUCAGUUUUUCAUAUACGCUCAUCUCCUCAUAACUGCUCUCUUUCUUAUUUAAUUUGUAAGUUAUGUAUUUAAUAUUUAAGUUUAUUUAUUGAAGUUUUUGUUUACAUUAUGUGUUUUUGCAUAAAGUGUAUGAGUAUUGGGUUGUUUGUAAAAUCAACUGCGGGCAGUUGUUAACAAUGACCACUAGAUGUCGCUAAAGACACGUCAUUGCGGUGCGACGACGAAGUUGGCCUAUGCUUGCAGUAAUUUAUUUCCAUUCUAUCCCACAAAGUGACUAAAUAAUAAACUGGGCAUGUUUUUAACUUUGGUCAGAUGACAUUUUAUUCAAAAUUCCUCAUGACAAAAAACGGAGAGAACUUACAUACAGGGUUGUUUCGAACACCAGGGGCCUGAUGUAUAAAACAGUGCAUAAAUGUCAUACUUAAAGUGGACGUACGCACAGUCAACUGUGGGCAUACACACAUUUAGGUUUAUUUUCUAAAAAUCCCUAUAUGUGCAUGGAAAGUUGUGUAGGCCUUUGCACCUUUUAAUGCACAUUUGGUGCGCACACGAUGUUCAGACAUCAGAUCCUGGGCCUGUGAUGUAAGACGCUGAAGAAAUGAAGUGGUGUUAAUAUCAGAUAAUCAUUUGGAAAAAUCAUCCAUUUGUAAGGAAACAAUGUCAACCAAACUCAAAUGCACCAUGAUUUGCCUAAGCAAGUCCAAUGACAAGCAUUAAACAAUGUACCAGACAGUGUUAUUUGUUUGUUUUCCAACAUUUUUGUACACAUAAAAUAUUUAUUUUUGUAUUUAUUAUUUGACUAUUUAACUGUUUUGUCAUGUUGUUCUUUUAAUAAAUUUUUAUAUUAAACUCCAA